AUGUCCGAAACCUCUGAUGACCAUAUCAAUGGUAAUGACAGCGAGCUCGCCAGUAUUGCUGUUUACCGCGCACAUCUUCCUUAUGAGACAGAAACUCCGGAAGAAAUGACUAAACUUCUGGAGAGCAUCGUGGCUAAAAUCGUUAUAUGCAUUCGUGCCAAGGAAUGGGAAAUGCUCGGAAACUGGAAUCAUCGUUUGCAAGGGUGGAUGUCACUCAAAUAUCCAAUGCCACGCGAAGUCCGUGUUCGUCUAGCCAAGUUGUACUAUGGAUUGUGUAUCCUCCCUGGGAUCGAACCAAGUCGUUAUCAAGAGUGGGCCGACAUUCUGGGACAACUCAUUUAUGUUAAGGCAGGCCAUAAACUGCGUCUAGAGCUUGACGAAUUACAACUCGAUUGGCUCCCCCUAUGGCGGCGUUGCCAAAGAGAGAUAUGGCCCUCACAGCGUGCUAUGGAUUCAAGCCGAAAUGUGAUGAACAUUCUGCUAUACGUCGCUGAAGUCAGCCGUUUCUACUAUCCUCCUAGUGAAAUCCCUAGGAUGUUGGAUGAAUUCAUUCCACUUGUCACACAAGAUUCGAUUCAAACAAUGAUAAUUGUUAUCACGUCAUUUAUCUCACCAAGCCAUCCAGACAUCUAUCUGCCAGCACUUUUCAAGAUCUGGGAGGCUUUUAAUUCAACCGUUGUUGACGAUAGAUUGAUUCACGUAAUGGGAAACCUUGCAGAAGAGCACUGUGCUGGUAAGGAUGGGCGAUGGGGAGAAGGAAGCACAGAACGACGAGAUAUAGGGAUAUUUACGGAGCAACAGUGGACCUUGUUGAUGUCAAAAUGUCUAGGCAGUAUGAGUGUCCCCGUCGGUCAGAGUCAAUCUUCUAGUUCGACCAGCUCGCACGCUGACAAGUCAACCCGUCAACCAACCAAAGUGAAGAAGAGCGAUAGCAGAACUCAAUCUCUCGCUGUUUUACUCGUUUAUUCUAUGGCUCAUGAUGGUCCAGUGAGAGUACAGGAUUCUGCGAUAGGAUUUGUGGCCGGCUCCCGCGCACUUGACUCCCUCGAUAAACUCAUCACUAGCGUAGAAAGUUUCUUCCAUCCAAGCAAUGCUGGGCAAUGGACCCUCAUCCUUGUUUCCUUUCUCCAGCGUAUCACCUACGAAUUCAAUCGUCGAUGGUACGAAGAAACUAGCUCUAAGUGUAAGAUUCCAGAGAAAUGGCGUUUGAACUUGCAGAUAAGGCGUGCGUUCGUCAGUAUACUGAAAACACCUGCUCUGCUUGCCAUCUUUUCCAAAGAUCAAAUUGCUUCUUCAUUUGCUCAGGGGUCACUCAAGAGUAUGAUUAUGCUGGAACCCCAGCUUCUUAUGCCCGAUAUACUCGAACGUGCAUAUAGCGGUCUCGAGAGUGUCAAUGAGACUCAUCGAACUACAGUCGUUAUGAAUUCGUUGACGGGCAUUGCUCUACCUUUAGCAUCUUCGAAUCAUUGGCUUGGUGGACAGAAACACAUCGUACCUCUUUUAGAGUUAGCUAUCCCCGGCAUUGACCUCAACGACCCUGGGAAAACUGUUUGUGCUCCUCCUGUCCCCGAAACUCCUGGCGCCAUCGGCGAUACAGACCCGGAUAUCCCAGUGGGUCCCUUUACAACGAUGGGGCCAGAAGAGGAGGAUAGUCUAACUCGACAAAGUACGGGCGCGUUUUCCGACUGGAUUACAAGCUUCUUCCGGCGUGUGUUCCAUUUGCUCGAGAACCUUCCUGAAGAAGGAUCAAACAAGAAGACUGGAGGGAAAUCAGAAGAACAAGUUCUCAAAGCUCUGCGAAGUGCACUGGAUGUAGUCACUUAUCAUCUUUCAGACCCCAUGUUCGAUCUAGUGCUUAAACUCGUCUUUGACUACGCGUCGACUAACGCACGUGCCAAUUCUAUUCGCGCGUUUGGAUAUGUGGUUGCAUGUCUUUCUCGCGCGAGACCAAAAGAUACAUUGGCCAAAUUCUUACCACACUGUGUCCACCAGGUGGAGGUUGAAUUGGCAGCUGGAGCAUCUUCUGUGCGGACGACUGCUGCUCACGCAGUUAUCUCUUCCGAUACCACACUGCUGUGGAACAUGGGAAUAUUGCGUGGAAUCCUUGGUUAUGGCGGCCAAGAGGACCCAGAUAUGAACCAGACUCAUAAUCGCAAGUGGGGGACGGUUAUGGAGGCAAAAGAUGCUGUGCUUGACUGGCAUGUUCCAUCGAGCGAAGAAAUCGAUUUUGCGAUCGAAAUCUUGGAUCAAGUUGUUGACCCAUCUAUAGAAAUCUUCAAUGGUGCCAUUGAUGCGCCGGACUCACAACGGGACGGCGUUUGGCGUAAUGACCUCUGCCGGCAUUUGCAUGUGAUACGAUCUACAUGGAGCGGCCUGGCAAUGAUAAUUUGGCUCGACAAAAGCCGUGCCGUCAAUUCACUGUUAGAGGAAGAUGUUGAAACUGAAGAACUUAUUCCUCAAGCAAUGGCUAUCAAGUCUGGGUUUGUUCUUCAGGAUCCUGCUGACGAUCGUUAUCAGCGGGUUUUAGCACACCGGGCUCGCUUCGGCCAGCUUCUUCAUCAUGCCGCCGCAGCACUAAAGAGCACAGAUACAGAAGAUCAUAUAGACCUGGUUAUGUCAGUCCUCCGUGGAAUUGACACAUUCCUCUUGGAUUACGGUGUUACUCGAGAUACAUAUGCUGGAGUGGCAAAACAAUAUGAAGUAGCCAAGCAGUUGACUCGUCUGCAUGCCAAACAAAAGGCUUUUCCAAGGUUGGUUUGGAUUAAACGUGCCCAGUCUUACCAUGCACUGCGAUGUCAUUUUGCCUCUAUGUAUCAGCGCCGCUCGGAGCUAGAUGACCAGAUCAUCAACGACCUAUUCGACUUCUCUAUAUCUGCAUAUACAAGAAUUCGACGACAGGCACAGGCAGUCCUUCAUACUAUUGUUGGUUAUUACGUUCGGUCAACGCGUAUGGUCGUGACUCGUGCCUUUGAGGAGCUGAACAAGCAAGUCAAACUCGAGAAAUCUAGUGAUCCUGACAGGAUGAAGGGGGCACUUCAUGUCAUCUGGAACAAAGCCAUCGUUGGUUGGGUUGUGUCUCGGAUGAAAAAGGCAGCGACUAUCGUGGCCCUUUCCUUCUAUCAGUUAUGGCGUGUCAGAGCCAGGAUAAGCUUUCGAUCCAGAAGGUUAGGAUUCUUUGCAUACAUUUCCCGAGCAUCCAUAACUAAAAUCCACCGAAAGACAAUAGGAUCCCUGAUCAACGAAGUCGUUCCCAAAUUGGCACCAGAGCUUUUUGAAACGUAUUCUCUGACACACGAUGAUAGUAGCUUGGAUGGGAUUCUGAAAGACCUCGAGAGUGUUGGAUUUUCACCCGCCGAUGAACAGCUACUCAAUCGUGUUAUGACCAAGCGGAGCAGCCGGAUUUCGAAGUACGAUGCCGAUUACAGCACAAUGACAAAGGAGAUUGCACAGGUUUGUCUCAAACCUCGUACCCACUGGCGGUAUCUCCAGUUUGGUCUACGCGUGCUAUCGGCUACUCUGAGAAAAGACCGCGUUCCAGAGGACAUCGUUGUCCAGGCCUUCGCAAAUAAUUCUACAUCAGAUUUCUCGACACUUAGGUGGUAUGCCCAACGAGCCAUCGUGAAGCUCAUGAAGCAUAUUAAACUUCGUGCUUACUCCCCUAAUGACGUAUAUGGACCUCUCGUGAAUCCAUUGCACAGACAUAUCGAUGUUCAGGAUGGACCUGCUCUCCUCGACAGUUUGAACUCUACGUGUUCGUAUGAAGAUCAAUCCGCGAUUUUCGUCGACUGGAUAGAGAAUACUGGAUUCCUCGCCUGGACCCCCAGUGUUAAAGCCUAUGUUGUGCCCCCAGAUAACAGCACAUUGUCUUGGGAUCCCGCUUCCACUAAUGCACUUCACAUUAUCGAAGAAGUUAUUAACACCAGAGCGUUCUGGGAGAAACUCGCGCAACUCUACUCACAGGAAAGUGCUAGAGGAAAUUCCUCUAUAGAACUACGAGACGAUAAUAUUGAUUUUAUAAAAUCUUUAUUUAAGAUGUUUGGUAGUCGUCCUCUAUUAAAUCUCCUAGAUACACUUGAUGAUCUCUGGAAAGAUGAGGACAAGUUCAAGCAGAGGGCGGCGGCAGAAAUUAUGUGCGGCGCAAUGCGCGGUAGUAAACACUGGCCUAGGGACGCUCAUCUUCAAUUGUGGUCCUGGGUAGGAGAGCGACUACAACAGAUAUUCGAUAGGGUCAAGCCGGAUACAUUGCGCAUAUGGGAAGGAAUGCUCACUACCCAAAUCGCCAAACGGGAUCCCCGCCGUCAUCCACACUUAAUUGAUUUUAUUAAAAAUCUGCCUGUGGAUUUUGACAAUGAAAGCGCAUUUUACGUCAACAAAACCAUUUCUACGCGCUGCAUCGUUGUGGAAGAACUUGGGAAGCGCCUUGGUGGUUGGUUGGAUGACUAUCUAGUGACUUUGUUUGAUCACGUCGAUAACACCCAUUCUGAAAUUCGAUCAGCAAUUGCACAAAAUAUACACUGUAUCAAGCAAGCUCAGUGGCAUCCAGUAUUCUCUUCAGUGUCCCUAUUCUUAGAUGCUUGUCGCGAUCAAAUUGACCCUCUUCAAAUUCGUCAAACUGCACACAUGGACAAGAUUGAAGCAUUGAUCACACAAUUCCCACAAUGGCGGGCAGAACGAUUGCCUCCACCGAAGGUAAAUCAAUCACAAUACGACAAAUGUGGCUUGACUGUGCUGCAAUGGAUUUGGUCCGCUGGGCAUGCCGCUGAUGCUCCCUCGAUCUUCCCUUACGUCAUGCCACUCUUACCAGAAAUGUUCCAGAUGAGCAAUCUGAACGACAGCUCCGAAUUGAUGAUGUAUAGCAAUGCCGUAUUGUACCUACUGUCCGCAGUAACACCACCCUUGGACUACAUAGAACCAAUAGUCAACGAGUUGAUACACGCCAUUACAUCUUCACCCCUCUGGCGUGUUCGCCUUAAUGCUCUACCCAUACUACAAGUCUUUUAUUUCCGGAAUCUACCAUCAAUGACAGAUGCUAUUAUCGCUCGUAUCAUUGGCGUAUUGCUGGAGUGUCUCAAGGACGACAACGUUGAAGUCCGACAGAUGGCAGCAAAGACUCUCGCAGGGCUGUUGCGUUGUUCCAAGCGUGAUAGGAUCCCCGAAUUAAAGGCAAGUCCCCCUCCCCAUCUAUUUCCCCGGCGUGCAAAACUCCCUGAUCGCAAAGACCCAGGCUACAGCGAAGCAAUUCGAGUUAUGCAUUCAGCCAUACUUGGACUUUGUAGCUUGAUUGAUGUGUACCCCUACUCGGUGGAGAAGUGGAUGCCCCCCUUGUGUGAAGUUCUGGCUCGCCAUACGUACGAUCCCGCACCAAUUUCCACCACCAUUCGCAAAUGCGCAAGCGACUUCAAAAAGUCGCAUACAGACACCUGGCACAUAGAUCAACUCAUGUUUAGCGAAGAUGAAGCUGCAGCAUUUUCUACCAUGUUAUCAGGAACAUCUUAUUCCUAUCUGUUGAUCAUGGACACAGUACAAGGACAUGCAUUCCAACCUCCUACUCUCGAAGACAGCCGCUCACCCUGUCCCGCCUUGAAUGCAGCAGCGAAUCAUAACUACCUGCCUCAUUCGGGGAAGAACUUGGGGCCCCUCCAACUUUGCAAAGCCGUCCAUGAUCUUUACGGUCUCUCUUACCCAUUGGCAGCCAUAUUCGCUUUCGGAGGUGUCCUAAUAUGCGGCUCCAAGGGGAAACUCGAUCUCGCCGACCUCGCCAAGGCCCAUAAAAUCGAACACGACGCGAGCUUGGCACAUAUGGACCUUGCGGACGGAGACAACAAGAACGUAUGCCCGCGGUUGGUUAACCAACUUGUCGCACAAUCAACAGACGGACAUAAGUUGAGCCUACGUGAUUUUGCCAAAGCUAGAGUCUUGAGGGAAAGUCAAGUACCAAGGCCGCUGCGAGCUGAUCAGGCCAUAGUUGCGCGAGGCGAAUCUGUUUUGAGCGUUAUGGUUAUGGGAGAUGGCCAAUUUCUGGACUGCAAGGCGGCCAGCGAAUGGUUUGGCGACGAACGUCUACCAUCGGGGUGGACUCCUCAACGUCCGAUGGCAAGGGCUGUUUCGUAUAAUAGGCGAAUUAGGAAGUUUAGUCGCUUAAUGGCCAGUGUGAAGCAAGACGAUCACGACAAGGAUACGUAG